AUAAAAUGGUGGCGUGUUCACAAGCAUGAUAAUGGGUAAACACAUUAUGAUGUCAAAAUAAUGAAAACAGCAGGAAGCGUUGGGGGGCUGGAGACUCGCGUAAAGUUAAACAAUGAACGGGGAUGAUGUGUAUCUCAGUGAGAGACAUGCUCUCCUUACCAGACUGUUGGAUGCUGUCAAACAGUGUCAAGUUCGUUUUGGUGGAAGGUCAGAGUUAGCCACUGAUGGGGACAGCAGGGUGUCAUGUCUUUGUGCAGCGUGGGAGGCAGCCUUACAGCAUGGGAUGAGACACAACAACAAGGCUCUCUCAGCCCUCAAGCAGGUGACAGAAAUGACUGGCCUGUCAAAGGUUACUGGAGUGUUUGGAGAUAUAAAGAACCUAGAGACGGAGCCAACUUUCUGGUCAUAUGUGAAGGAGCACCUAACCAAACAUGAGGUACAGCGAUAUACCACCCUGAAGUCCAUGGUAACAGACGCCGGGCGGGGUCGUGCCUGGUUACGCGCAUCCCUCAAUGAACACUCCCUGGAGCGCUAUAUGCAUAUGUUACUGGAAAACACAUCUCUACUGAGUCAGUAUUAUGAGGAGUGGGCAUUUCUGAGGGACCAAGAGCGGAGCUCUAUGUUACCUAUGAUGGCAGCAGGUCUUGGAUCAAUCUUGUUCGCCAUCACAAUUGAUAAGUCUGAACUGAAUGCCAUCAGGCAGGCGCCCAUCAAUGUAGCAGUGCCCUCUGGUGGCAUGUCCCGAGCAGUGGAGGAACCCAGGCCUGUCAUCAGCGGAGAGGCAGGACAAGAAAAGAAGAAAGAGAAGAAGAAAAAGAAGAAAAUAGCAAACAUUGUAUCAUUUGGUGAAGACGAUGAUGGUGCGUACAGUUCUUCACCUUCAUCUGUGAAGAGUCCCACUUUGAGCGUGGCUGAUUACAGCGGGGCUCACCAUAAGUUCUCCUUCUCAAACUCUAACCUGGUUUGGUCAGAGGAGUUAACAGAGAAGGACUGUGAUUCAGCUAUUCUUACCAUGACCACAAAUCCCUCUGAAGAGUGCCUCAGGGGCAAUAACUCUAGCCAUGCUGAAGAAUUAGACAAACUUUCCUCGGGACAAGAAAAUAGUCCGAGAUCUUCAGAUAUUACUAUGUCAGGUGCUGAAGGGACCAAGAGAGAUAAUUCUGUGAUAGAGAAGAACACCAGCAGGUUAAAACUUUCUCUAGGAAAAGGCGAGGGAAAUGGUGAGAUUAUGCGGAGUCGGAGUCCGAACAGGAGCCCUCAUAGAAGUCCUCGAUCGUCUGAUCACGAACCGAGCAUUACCUCGUUGAGUUCUGUAGAGAGGCCAUCUAGUCACGGCUCAUUCAGCUCAGCAGAUGUGGAGGAAACGGACCCCCAGGAUGUGCUCACUCCUCUCUCCCCAACUGGGAAAGCCAUGGAUGUCCAGUUGUCCCUCACUAAAGAGGAGACCGUCUCCUACAGUGUGGACUCCAAUGACCUGCCCAGCUAUAUUGGUGAGGAUGUGGAAUUUGCAGCCAUGGCAUUGGCUCUUGCUCAAAAAGGCUUCUCCAGUGGUAUGAGAACGGAUGGAGAUGGUGGCAACGCAGUGGACAUGUCCUCAAUAGCGCAAGAAUCCAUGUCAACACAAGAGCUCAAACAGGCAGUUGUGGCCAUGAUGGUGAGGAAAGAUGAGGUUGAAGAGCAAAACAGGUCAAUAAGGGCCAUGUUGGAGCAGGAAAUGGAGACGUCCUCCACACUUAGAGCCGAGAUUGAAGAGUUGAAACUAGUCAACGUGACCAGACAAGAGAAGGAUUUGUCCAAGCUACAAGCUUUGCAAAAAGAAAAUGAGUUGUUAAAACACCAGUUGAGGAAGUAUGUGAAUGCUGUGCAGUUACUGAGGAAGACGGGAGAGGAUCAGUCUGAAGCAGAAAACCUAGGUAUUCACUUGGAAAGUCCGCAGCCAGCUAUCCCUCCCCCUAAACCUCUGAUUGACUAUAGUCACGAGGCGUCAGAAUAUGAGAAAAAACUCAUACAGGUGGCUGAGAUGCAUGGAGAGCUGAUGGAGUUUAAUGAGUUGCUGCACCGACAGCUGGGUGCAAAAGAGAACCUGGUGAAACAGUUAAGGACACAGCUGGUAGAGCUCAGAGGUCCAGUAGCCUCAACUUACCCAUCUAGACUGGCUCAUCUGAAUCUUCCUCAAGAUGAGAACAGUUCAGUGGAUGGGGAAUUUGACAGUUCAUUGCAGUCCAGAACAUUGAUUAACAUCUGGAUUCCGUCGGCUUUUCUGCGUGGCAGCUCCACUAGUGCUCAUCAUGUCUACCAGGUUUAUGUUCGUAUUAGAGAUGAAGAGUGGAAUGUGUACAGACGCUACAACCAGUUUCGAGACUUCUUCAACUCCUUAAAGAAGAAGCAUCCAAUCAUGAGCAAAUUUGAUUUUCCUCCCAAAAAAGCAAUAGGCAGUAAGGAUGCCCGGGUAGUGGAGAUGAGACGGAAGAUGUUACAAAUGUUCCUCCGUAAUGUAAUCAACUAUAUGAUGCAACAUGACACAGACCUCACUGUCAAUGUCAGCAAGGAUAAACUGACAGGAAAAUUAGCCUUCUUUGGAGAUGACCCAAGCAGUGAAGGCAAAAAUAAGAAAGGCAAGAAGCAGAAGUCUGGUGGAGGGCGUCAUCAGUCUGGCCCAGCUAGCCAGCCUCAGAAUGCCCCUGUGUCAGCCCCUCCCCAGUACACAGGCUUGUGACACCCUGACAGUAUAGAAGAGGUUGGCCAGGGUGAGGACAGGGCAUUUGGUUACAAAGGGAGAUAAAUCCUGUCUACAACCAGCACAGCUGAAUUACAUGUAACUUCAUUAAUUGAACCCUGAGCAGCCAUUAUGGCUGAUAUGAUAAAUACUGCGAUGAAGAUAACAAUAUUUGCAGUAUGCAAAUAAAUUAAUUUUAAUCAAGAAUUAUUUUAAUUGAUAGGGAUAAUGGGGAUCAGGGAUUGUCAAAAAUUCAGUUCAGUUGAACAUAACAUACCUAAGGCUGAUUUUACAAAGCCAUUCCUGAAGUCAAAAUAUAAAAUCUCUUCGCAGUCUUAGGUGGCAGCAAUUGAAAAUUUGGACUCAUUUGUUCAACAUGUUGAGGUCAACAAAAUUUGGAUUUGUAAACCUGAAAAAUAAGCUUUAGGAUGGGAUUUCCGAUUUUUCAAAAGUCAGAAAGGGCUUUGUGGGAUCAGUCCCUGCACAGAUAGUCUUGUUUAAGCAGCUUUCAUAGACCUAUAUACAAAUUUUAGGUAUAUUCACACUGAUGGAAUUUCUGACAAAUUUUUUCUUUGUUCUUCUGAAAUAUUCUUGAAGUAAAAUGUACUAAUGCAUUGGGAACAUAAGGAAUGUCGUACCGAAAAGUCAGGAGGAUCAUUUUACCAGGCACAAAAUUAUGUCAAAGGAAUGUAAAUAAGGUUAGUAUUGAAGAACUUUAAUUUUUGGUGGGGAUGUGUUAAAAUUAUUACUGAUUGUUAAAUGAAUUGAAAGAAUGACGUUUCCAAGGGACCAUAUGUGUACAUGGGUGGUGUAGUAGUUUAGGGUAAACUUACAAAUUCUUGGUAUUAACAUAACUAUAAUCCAUGUGGUAUUCUCUCAGUCAAUAACCUGCAGCUGAUUUGCUAUCAUUCUGUUUCAAUAAGACUUCCCAGGUUAGAUGGUGUGCCCCAAUUGCCAGUUAUAAUCAGUUUGUCUUAUAUGCUCCUAUUCUUUUGCCAGGCUUGUUAAUGUAAACAGCUUCUCUGUCAGUUUAAUGAAAUUAGAAACGUAACUUACCACUGGGAUAAAGACUGGAGGGAUUUGAAGGGUUUUUAUUUCUGUACAGAGCCGCCUUUGUGUGCUCGUGAAGGACCAGGACUUGUGAAAGAAAAUACUUUUCACAUGCGAUAUUUGGUCUGCAUGCAUCAUUCAUCUUGCAGAAGAGUUUCCUAAAUGUAAAAUAUUUCCAGCUAUAUCCAUUGAAAGGAAAGGCCUUCGUGUUCCUUCAAACUACUUCCCUGCCAGAAAUGGUAGUUAUUAAUGGCAUGUUUCAUGUUAAGUAAACGUUUUGUCAGUUCAUGUUUUUAAAUAUUAUGCUGAUUUUGAUUGGCUAAUCAUAUUUUACUGUUAACUUUAUAUCACAUUGUUUUUGUCUUGGUGUCUUUUUUCCGGAAGACUUUUAACAAGUCACACACUUUAUGUCUAUUUAAUUGUAAAUUUCCUCAGCAAACCAGAUAGACACUGCUGUUAAUAUAAAUGCACAUUCCAUCCUGCUGCAAAUUUGUAACAAUUCUAUACAGAAAAUAUUCAGAUCUAGUCAUCACUAUUUCAUGUUUUGUGUUGUGUCAUGGUUUGUGAAUAGACAAGAUUGCUAUUAUAAGGGAUAUCACUGGUUACUUUGUGCAUCAUAUAAGUCCUAUUCACAAAAAGCUGGUUACAGUUACUUUUUGUACCAUUUUAAUUGCUGAUAUUGGAAGGAUGUUGUUCUUAAUGAAUAGCAAAUACACCAUGUACUUGAAUAAAAAAAAUGAUGUCAUUAUUUGUAUUCAGAGUGUGUAGUGAACUUUAUGGCAUAUAUGAACUGAUUUUAUGAUGGUGAUACUGUGUUGUAUAUAUUUGGCUGAAAAAUGAAUUUGUAUAUGUUUUGUAUUUGUAUUUUGUACAAAAUAAAGCAAAUGCUUGCAUCACCAAUGAAGAUCUAAAUAUGUUGGUUUUACUGCCUUCUUACAAGUUGAUGCUGUGAAAAAAAAUUUAACGACUGAUGUGAUGUAUUUUAGCUGUUAUGUGUAAAAAUGCUAAGUAGUGCAAUUGUGGUUUUUUUUCCUUUUGUCUUCGCUUUUUUGUUAUGGCUUUUUUACAGCUUGUCAUGCUUGCAAAGAAGUCAGUUGUGCCUUUCAAACAUAUUUUGAAACCUUAAUAGACUUCAUUAAAUACAAAAAUAUAUAUAUAGUCUCAAAACAAAAUUUUCAUACGAAACAUGUUACUUUAUAUAAAUUAUAUUACAAAUAUGUACCAAACUAGGGGUACUGUUGUGGACACAUAGAGUUUGAUAAUAAGAUACUUAUUGGUAUAGGUUUUGAUAUUACUUGGGUUUGAAACACUUCAUUUAAAAGAAGUCCCUGUGUCUAAAUUGCAGGGACCAAAAUCUCUUUUCUGGACACCAUCAACUAUAUUUAAAAACAGGAGACUUAUCUAAUAGAUUCAGUCCUUUAAGCACAAACUCUGUUUAUAUCUUAUAUGUAAUUCAAGCAUCAUAUGCACAGGAAAACUUUCCUAGAUUUUAAGAAUAAUCAUGCCUGCAGCCUGAACACAGAUUCUGAAGGGUUAUAAAUUUAUUCAUAAACUUCUGAGAACAGACAGAUUGAGAAGCUAUGCUGACUUUGAACACAGCUGAGCAGCCUGUUGCACACAGCAGUUUUCUUCUUCAGUGAGAAGAUCAUAAGUUAUGGAAGAUGGUUAUUGACAGCAGUUUUAGAUUUUGAGUUACGGUACAGUAAUUCUUCCUUUUCAAGCUGCGACAUUUUGUUUCAGGUUUCAGGACUAGCUAUAAUCCAAUGUGUAUUAAAUGAUUGUUGUCUGUCAUCAUCAUAUGUAUGAAACAGGCAUAACUAUUUAUGUAAUGUAAUUAAAAUAGCAAUGUUUUUUGCCCGCCAUCGCAAGUUUUGGUGUUUAAAUCUGGCCUCUUCACUUUUUUCAACAUCUUGAUGCCUUUUUUAUUGUACUGCUCUGUGAAUUCCAACAUUAUAUUGACCUAAGGUUAUUGAAAACAAUUACCUGGUGCAAAAUGUAUACUCUACAGACUAGCAAUACUUGAUGUGCUAUCAGGGACAAAUUAGAAAGCUGUGGGUUUUUUU